AGCACUGUAACUUUUUCCACUCGACUCGCUAUACAUCACCGACGACUGCGAGAAGAUGAAUCCGGUGACCGAUGAUCCGGCGACAGCGUCGACCACCACCAUCUCCGGUCCUUUAGCAAUCGCAUCAUGCGCAGCCAUGGCGCUAUCCUACGUGGCGAUCCUCUACGCGCCCACUCUCCUCCUCCGCCUCCCUCCUCCGACCUCUCUCGAUAACUUCAUGAUGCGACGCUUCGCCUGCGCCUUUGUAUCCUCAGCCGCCUCCGCCGCCCUCACCGCCUCCAUCGUGGGAGCCGGGAGAUUUAGGGAUUUGGCCUCGAUCUUUGGCGUGUUUGGAAUUAGAGCGGAUCAUACGUGGCGAGCUUUGGUGUUUCCUCUCUUGCUGACGUCGCUGGUGUAUUCUGGAUCCCUGGCGUUGGAGUUUUGGUUGGUGAUUAGCGGACGGAGAGGUUUGAAGAGUUUUGGGGAGUGGGUGUAUGGAAUGCUGCAUAAUGUGAUGGCUUGGCGUAAUUAUGUUGUGGCACCAUUCACAGAGGAACUGGUCUUUCGAGCAUGUAUGAUUCCUUUGCUUCUUUGCGGUGGAUUUAAUAGAUACAACAUCAUAUUUCUUAGCCCAGUCUUCUUCAGCUUAGCACACUUAAACCAUUUUCUGGAGCUUUAUUGUCAACAUAAGUAUCCUUUUCGGAAAGCUCUCCUUAUUGUAGGUCUCCAGCUAGGUUAUACUGUGAUAUUCGGAUGGUAUGCAUCUUUCCUCUUCAUUCAAACAGGGAACAUACUAUCGCCAGUUGUGGCACAUAUAUUCUGUAAUAUCAUGGGCCUGCCUGUUGUCUAUUCUUCAGGUACAAAAGGUCUGGUAACUGCUGUUUUUGUUGCUGGCACAGUGUCUUUCUUUUGGCUUCUUCUCCCAGCAUCAAGCCCAGACUUGUAUAAUGAUAGUCUAGAUAACUGCUUUUGUUGGCACGGGUACUGUAGACGGAACUGAACAUAGAAAUAAGUGAUUUCAUGGAGGAAUAGCUGAAGAUAGAAAGACUUUCAGUAAUCAGUGAAGAAUGGAAUUUUUUAGAGCUCUAGUCCUUCUCUUGUGGAGCCAAGCGACACCGACGUACUCAAGAUGCUUUCGUUAUAGUAGGGAGGGAUUACUGGCUACAACUAGCUUCUGGUUGAGUUUAGCUUGUAUCUGUACUACUCUCUGUGUAAUUGCUAAUUAGCAUACUGUAUUAGUUAUUCUUUAGCUGGAUGAAGGAAAAUAACCAACCUGAAUUUUGAAAGACAAUUGUGCUUUGAACCCAUUAUCUUAACAUGUCUUCACAUGUUCCUAUCCAGUGUCUUAUUUUGAUUUC